GUUUCUGAGGGGGCAGGGAGCGGACCGGGGUGAGAACAGGUGCGGCGGGGGUCUUCGAUCCCGGGUGGCGGGCGAGGAAAAAAGGAAAAAAGGGGCCAUGUCGGCCUUCGACGCGAACCCCUUCGCGGAUCCCGUGGACGUCAAUCCCUUCCAGGAUCCUUCGGUCACUCAGCUGAGCAACGCGAACCAAGGUACCCUGGAUGAAUUCAAUCCCUUCUCGGAGAAUUCUCGGCAAGCAAAUGCAGCUCAGACCAUCCCAACAACACAGCCUGCUGGCGCCUCUCAACCGGCGGUGCUACAGACUUCUGUGGAGCCCACCCCACAGUCUGUGGCCUCCGCAGCACAGGCCGGGCUUCUGAGACAGCAAGAAGAAUUGGAAAGGAAAGCUGCGGAAUUGGACAGAAAGGAGCGCGAACUGCAGAACAGCGCAGCCGGUUUCGACGCAAAACAGAACAACUGGCCCCCGCUUCCGAAGAUCUGCCCCAUCAAGCCUUGCUUCUAUCAAGAUUUCUCCGCGGAGAUCCCAGCUGACUAUCAGCACAUUUGCAAAAUGAUGUAUUACCUGUGGAUGUUUCACUCGGUCACCCUGCUGUUAAACCUCCUCGCCUGCCUGGCGGAGUUCAUGGUCGAACCCUCCAAGGGUUCGGAUUUCGGCCUGUCCAUCUUAUGGCUCGUCCUGUUCACCCCCUGCGCUUUCCUGUGUUGGUAUCGGCCGGUAUACAAGGCUUUCAGGUCCGACAGCUCCUUCAGUUUCUUUGUCUUCUUCUUCAUAUUCUUCGGCCAAGUAAUUGCCCACAUCGUCCAGGCUGUGGGUAUCCCUGGCUGGGGGAGCAGUGGCUGGAUUGUGGCCAUCACCGCAACCCAAAACUGGGCCGUGAAGAUUAUCAUGAUGGUGGUUGCCAUGUUCUUCACAGCCUGUGCCGCUCUCUCCCUUUUCCUGCUGAAACGAGUCCACUCGCUCUAUCGCCGGACAGGCGCCAGCUUCCAGAGAGCACAGGAAGAAUUCUCCCAAGGCAUCCUCAGCAACAGGAACUUUCAGACGGCCGCUAGCGGGGCAGCAUCCACGGUGGCUCAGAACGCUUUCCGGGGAAACUGAACUUCCCCAGCGACGUUCCCGCUUCCGUUCCUCACGGUAGCUGAUCGCUCACGUUCAGGCCAUUCUCUCCCCACGGGCGCAGCCACGCCUUAACUCCCAAGAGGUUCGCGGGGAGUUUUCCCUCCAACUUUGCUCUGUCUCCAUCCGCGUCUUGUUGGAAAGGGCAAAAUUCGGGGUGCCUAACCUUCGGUUUGAUUCCCCCCCACCUUUUCCUCCUUCCUUCCCUUCCGAUAUACUUUCUUUUCUUUUCUUUUUUUACUUAAAAACAUGUAUAUUUCCUGCACUUUUCCCUUUCUUCCAUUGCCGGCGUUUUGGGGAGAGGGGAGCGAUUUUUUUGCACUCUUGACUCUCCCGCUGGAAGCAUCACUGAACAAUCCCCUUCCCCUUCCCAGCUGCUGCCUUGGAUGUUGUUUUUUUUUUUAAUUAGCCGAAGAUCGUUAACCGCCAGCAUAGAAUGAACGUACCGCCCGUUUUUUCCCCCCUUGUGUAUGUUUUCUGGGAGAUGCGAAAAGAUAACGAUUUGUGGAAGACACUCCUUGCUCCUCCCCCCCUCUCCCCGACUUUCCCCCCCCCCCCCAAGCCAACAAAACAAACCAGGUUUCCUAUCUGGGAUUGAAAUUUUGGAGGAUGAAGUUUUUAUUCACCAGCAACAUUGGCCCCUGAGACGUUAGCAACCCGGAUUUCAAAAGGAGGUGAUGGGGUUUCAAAUUAAACACUGGAGCAAAUAUUGAGUUGAAGGGGGCAACUAUUUCUAAUAUGAGUGAUCCUGGGUUGAUUUUACUCAAUGCCGUCACAUCUGCUUUGGUGUCUCUUGCCCUCCUCGCCCAGCCUCCAUACAACCGCCAAAGCAAAACAAUUCUUCAAAAAGAGCACCUUAGCAAAAGCUCCUAUUUCUCAAUAACAAUAAAUAAAAAAAUAAGCCUAUGGAAACACCACCUCUGAUUUUUACCAGAUCUAUUUCCCCCCCCCCCCCCCCCGGUUGCCAGCACCUCUGGUUUCAAAAUAAAGUUUGGAGAGAAAGACGAUGGGUUUUUAGCCAAGGCUGUUUUGGGGACAGAAUGGAUGACAGGCGGCUGCGUCCAAAAUCUUAAUUCUCUUUUUUAUUCAACCCCCGAAGCUUGAAUGACAGCCUUCAAAAAAAACAUUCGGGCUCCCCUCAAGAGGCCCGUUUUGAGUCCUCUGAAAACGAAUCAGUGUAAAAGGAAAACGUUAGAAGAUCCCUCCUCACCCGAUAGGCUUGAUCGACCCGAAAUUGGGGAUAUAGCUCUCAAAAACACUAAACGCUCUUUUUUGUUACUUCCGCCGACCUAAUUCAAGUGAUCCAAGAUGCACAUCUAAGGCUUAUAAAUAUCUCUUAAUAAAUCUGAUGAAGGAGGAGCGUUUCAGAGAACUUGCAAUCUCGCUAACCAAUUUUUUCCCCCCUUGCUUUUUACUCAUUUAGGUAAACUUGGUGUCUUUCUCUCUAGUCCCCCAAAAUACGUAGGUGUUUGUUGGGGUUUGUUUUUCCCCCCCAUCACCGAUGUUUCCAAAAUCCUUGUGAGAUUGGAUGUACCCUGGUGCAUCCCCAGGGAAGUAUCUCUUGGUUUCUGUCUCUCUUUUUUAUUAUUAUUCUUCGGAGAUACGUAAUGAUGGCAGAAAUGAGAUUUUUUAAAAGAAUAAAAUAAUCUUCCGCUCUCGGAUGUAUUUUUCACCUCUAAUUUUUUUUUUCUGGUUGUAAAAAAAAAUUGUAUAUGUCAAACUUUUGUGGUUAAAUGCAGAAUAAAAAUAUCAAGACUUAGUAGAAACGUG